AUGCAUCAGUACUCCAUGAUAGGUCAAACAACACUUGGAUGGAUUGACAGACACUGUAGGCAAAGCACUGGUAGAAAUAGUCAAGUAUUUGGUGGGAAAUCGAUAAUACUUACUGGAGAUCCUGGUCAGUUGCCCCCUGUUUGUGAUAAACAAUUAUACCACUCUAAACCAUCUUCUGCAGUAGGCGAACAAGGAUAUUAUGCAUACAAUGUGUUUGAUAAAGUGGUUAUGCUUACAAUGAACCAGAGAGUUAAAGGUUCAAACACUUCACAAAGUAUGUUUAGAAAUUUGUUGCUUCGUCUUCGUGAUGGUAAAUCUAGCAAAGAGGACUGGAAACAAUUAUUGACUAGACAACCAUCUCAUGUUGCUAACAUAGAUUGUUUUCAAGAUUCCACAAGAUUGUUUUAUAGUAACGAAGAAGUUGCUAAAUUUAAUUAUGACCAUUAUUUACUAGAUCUUAAACAGCCAAUUGCUCAAGUAAAUGCUAGGCAUUCAACUAACAAAGCAAAGGGGAUAAACUCUCAAGAUAUGCACGGAUUACAACCAACAUUGCUUAUUUGUAAGAAGGCGCGAGUCAUGUUAACAAUGAAUUUGUGGCCAUCUGCAGGCUUGUGCAAUGGUGCAACUGGAUAUAUCGAAGACAUAAUUUACGCUCAAAAUCAAGAACCUCCUCUUUUACCUAUUGCUGUUGUUGUAAAAUUUGACAACCAAUGCCAUUUGAUCGACUAA